UCUUGCAGCUCCAGGGCGUUGGUUUCUUGUCACUGCAGUUGGUCUGAGUGUUUUGAUUCUGGCUGGUAGAGGAAGCAGUCCACAAAUCUUUACUUCAACUGAUCUCGUCUUUCUCCAGAAGUCCCUGUUCUGUAACCAUGGCAGCUCCACCAACCCGCGGUCUAGUAAAGGCCAAGAAGUAUGACUGGAAAGACUCCAAUCUUGCUCUCUUUGGGUCAGACACUGAGAAGUCCAUCAAGAAAGAAUCUGCUCAGACUGAGGCGGCAUGGAAAGGAGCUGGACUGAAACCCGGAUUGCAGGUGUGGCGCAUCAAUAAGUUCAAGGUGGAGCAUUGGCCUAAGGAGGAUUAUGGCAGCUUCUUCAAUGGAGACUCUUACAUCAUCCUUAACACUUAUAAAAAGCCCGAUUCCAAGUCCGAGGAGCUGCUAUAUGACGUACACUUUUGGAUCGGUCAAUAUUCAACUCAGGAUGAGUACGGUACAGCAGCCUAUAAGACGGUCGAGUUGGACCAUCUUCUGGAUGAUAAACCCGUCCAGCAUCGUGAAGUUAUGGAUUAUGAGUCCGAUUUAUUCAAGACUUACUUCGCUGUAAUAACUAAGAUGGAGGGUGGUGCCGAUACUGGCUUCAGACACGUUGGACCUAAGAACUACACCCCUCGUUUGUUGCAGUUCAAGGGAGCUAAGAAGAACGUCACUCUUAGAGAGAGACCUCUGAACAAACACGUACUGGAUUCAAGUGAUGUCUUCAUUUUGGAUCUUGGAUUGAAGAUCUUCCAAUGGAAUGGUGAGACUGCCAACAAGGACGAGAAAACAAAGGCUAUGCAGCACUUGCAGAAAUUGAAGGGUAUUCGUGGUAAAGCAACUAGUCAGGUUCUGGAAUCUGCCCGAGUAGGACCAGAUCAUCAAUUCAUGAAAGCUUUGGCUGAUGAUCCUUUGGAUGAAGAAGACUUUGCUGUGGGAGUGGACAACUCAAAGCCCGCCCUCUUCAGGUUGAAAAACACCGACAAGCUUUAUUUCACCAAGGAGGCUGAGGGAACUUUGCCAAAGUCAAAGCUUGAUUCAUCGGAUGUCUUCAUUUUGGACAACACGAAGGAGCUUUACGUCUGGGUCGGAAAAGGAGCCGAUACCACUGAGAAGAGGAACGCCUUUUCAUAUGCCCACAAAUAUCUGCAGGAUACUCCUCAUCCAUUUAUUCCCAUCACGUGCCUCAAUGAGGGACACGAGAAGCCGGAAUUCUUCAAGGCUCUGUCUUAAAUCGUAGCCAUCAUGAGCAUUGUCGGAUGGUUUGCCGACUUGUCGCACAUAACCCUUUACUUUAUUCUUGUAUCUGCUGCCCUCUACCGUUCGAAAGUUAUUCCCAUUUAGUUCUCGGCCCUUCCACACCAGGUUACCGAAGGCCGACCUUGUUGAUUUCCAUAACAUCAGUGGGUUUUUCUAUCUUAAGUUUGUUGUAGUACUUUUCUCCCCAAAUUGCAUUGGGGAGAUAAUGCCUGCAAACUGAACAGCUCUGUGUUGGAAUCACUCUGUGGACAUUCCUUUGACGUACACAUUCAUUAACACUGUAAACAAGCACUAUAUGGACGUGUGUAAGUCCACAACGUGUUUCAAGUUCAUUUAUAUGGACUUCUUUUGUUCUCAUGUCCAAUCAAGUGCUUUGUAAUCAAUGGUAAACUUGGGUCAAUAUCAUACAGACAACUUUUAGUCAGUUUAAUUGUCGUUUUUAAUAAGCCAUUAUUGUUCAUUCACCACAAUUGGCUUUAUUAAAAUUGUGUAAAUUGUGUGGCUAUUACUAAAAUAAUUGGCAUACAGAGGUAGAUAGUUAUAUUUAGACACUUCAGUGAGGUGCAAAUGUUUUGCCUAUAUGAAGAAGGCCAAUGUAUUUUGUGCAUUAUUACAAUAAUGUAAUUCACCACACAAUAUAAAACAAAAAAUUAACACCGCACAAACAAAUUUGCCAUUAAAAUAUUUUACGUUCCAUUUCAGAAAAUGGACAAAAUUGUAUACUAGUUUACACACAAACAAGGCACAACUCUUGCAAUAAAAACAACCAUUUACUGAGUCGUUUUGGCAAUUUAACAGAAAAAGGUCCUACAAAUCAAUUUUCAGGAGUCGCUAUUUCAUCGAAGCUCUCGCAAACUCAAAAAAAGUAUACCGUUGCGCUCGAGUCAGUGCAUUAAGUUCUACUUUCAAUAAAGCAAUAAGCACCACAACAAACAAACACACCCAAAUAAACACAAACACCGAAAGUGUCUUACAGACUAACUUAUAUGAUAUCAAUACAUUAUUUAUAUAGCUCUAACUUAUUUAUUCAUUUAUUCAUUGAGGCUCAUAGUAACGAUGUAUAAUAACUUUUGAUUUUAAAUAAGAAUCAGACAGUUAUGAACAAUCUGAAUUUAUAAGAGAUCAAAAUAAAAGAAUUAGAUUAGACGCAAUUAUUUAAAUCAAUGAGUGCACCAAUAGAGACUAUGGAUUAAAAUGAAUGUGACAAUAGUUGUUAUUGUUCUUAUA